AUGGCUAAAUUCCAAGCAUCUAUAGAAGACGACAACUUUGCCAUUGAUUUGAUUAAUGAACUAGUCAAAUCCUUUCUAGAAGCAACUGAACCUAGGAUACAAGAUUGUUCAGCGUUUGCUCUACAAGAAUUGAUUCAAGAAUAUGAAAUAGCUGUACAAAAAGUGACUGGUGUUAUUACUGGUAAAUUAUGGCAGCGUUUACCAGAGCAUGUCCAUGAGAUACUCAAUCCUCUACUGACUUCAAGAUAUAGAUUAAAUACUGCAGCUAAUUGGUCAGACCUACCUAAACCUAUUUAUAGAAGUUGUAAAGGCAGUAAUUUUAAAGAUUGGGUCAGUAAUUGGACAGGAUUUCUCAUUUCUAAGGUGAAACAUCCUAAAGCACAGCGUGUAUUUCAAACCUGUAGUGCUACAAUUAAAUAUCAUAUACAUGUAGCAUUAUAUAUAUUACCUCAUGUUACUAUACAAGUUUUACAAGAUGGUGUAGAGAAAGAUAUCAAUGAGGUAUUUAGUGAGAUAAUGGAGGUUUUAACACAAGUUAAGAAACCUGAUACAAGACAUGGUAGUGCUAGUGAUUUCAGACAUAUGAGUGCUCAGACCAUAUUCUCU